UCGCUCCGCCGUUACGGCGGCAGCGAUAGAGCAGACCAGGCUUCCUACUAUAAGUUCCGCUCUUCAAGAAAGAGACGUACUCUAUGCCUUCCAUCAGGAUAAGGAAGACUCCAUCUACAUAUGUUCUCCUCCCCGCCAGAUUCGACAAUGAUAUCGAGGCGUCAUCAUCGCGGCCCAUCACGGUACGUGGGCAGCGUAGUAUGGGCAGCAUUCCCAAACCUACUAAUGCUCACAACGCCCAAGUGAAUUCUGCUCCGGGCGACAAGCAACGUUUGAGGAGCCACACGACAAGUGGGGCGUUCGAGUCUGUCUCCCGCCCUCCCAUUAACCGUGAAAGGUCUGGGUCUAGAAGUAAGGUUGUUGAGCACGUUCUAGCCUCUCGCAGGCCAUCUGUUUCACCUCCCUUGCCGUCACGUCACGGUUCUCCUGCUGUAGACGGCCAUGGAACCAUCAGGGAUAGGUUACAGGUUUCUCAGACCGACAUUUCGACCCACAGCCAACCCAAUGUCAGGGCACCCGGUAUCACAGAAAGGGCACUCGAACUGCAGCAAAGCCAGCAGCUCGACGAAAGUAUUGUCCAUGAUGAUAUAGUGGAUCAUUUGGAUGUAAUUGAUCCUCAGGUCGCUACUGUAUCCAGUCUGGCCAACGCCGCCAAUUCUAUUCUAAUCCCUCCAUCGAGCUUCUACUCUCGAAAACCAGUAAUUGCGUUGUUUUAUCCGAGUGGGCGAGAAGGCCGGGACAUGGAAUCCGCUGGGCAUGCUCAAUUUGAAUUUGAUGACAUGGACGAAUCAUUAGACAGACAUGUCGAAGAUGUCCUGACCGGUCGAUCCAAGGUCAAGCGUACACUCCAGGGCGUUUGGUCGUUUUUGAAAACCCCGAUAGGCAUCAUAACGGGCAUUUACGGGUUUCUUGUUGUGUUCUGGGGAGCUGCGCUGGUGUUAUUUUUGCUGAAGUGGAUUAAUCUGCACAACGCAAAUACCCAGGGUUUUUGGGUUGAAGUAUGCUCUCAGAUCUUGUGUGGUUUGUUCACCGUCACCGGUAUUGGCCUGAUCCCUACGCGUGCUCUCGAUACCUAUAGGAUAUAUAAAAUUUGGCACUACAAGCGCAAAACAACGAAGUUACGAGAUAAAGCUGGUCUCCCUCAGCUAUUCGAUGUCGAUGACUUGCCCGAUCCUGCCUACGACCCUUCCUUUGUCCAUGUCCUCACUGAACGCGAGCAACAGGAUUUGCAUCAUCAACAGGUCAAGUUUCGUGAGAGUCAGACAUGGUACCGCCCACACGGUACUGUGACCCACCGAGCAUUUCCAAUCAAUACGGCACUCUGGAUAUGUCUCUUUAUCGAUGGAAACUCUGCCUUUCAGGUUAUGCUGUCGGGUUGCAUGUGGUCUAUGAACCGAUUUGAACGACCGGCGUGGACCACGGGAUCACUCAUUCCCGCGUCGUUUUUGUGCGGGAUAAUUUCUGCAAUAUUGAUUUGGCGAGGUGGAAAAUUGACCAGACGCACGGAGAAGAUCGAAAACACCCUACGAACGGCGCUUGCGAUGGACCAGUACGAUGGUCUUUUGCACGUGCCAACCACAAAUAUUUCGACAAAUUAUCCUAAUGAUUUCCCCGGGCAGAGCAGUACCACUGGUACAGAUGACUCGAACGCGUCUUCGGAGAAGCGUGAUGAUAGCGUUGCGAUCAGUGCUCCUCAUGCAGCGUCACCUACCAUCGUACAAGAAAUGACGAAAACCAUGAUGAAAUAGAUAACUCAUGAGCUUACUAUCAUACCUUCAUUCUCGUACUUUAGAUCUACGAGGC